GACAGUUACUAGUUGUGUAUGGCGUUAUUGAAGCUAUGGAGUGGGCCUAGAAUCCUUAAUAUUGUAUAAAUAAAGGAUACUACGGCAAAAGUUCCUUCAAGCCUCUACAUUUAUAUCAAAUUUUAUUUAAUGCUCUGCAUUGACUGACGAUUUAACAAGUUGACAAUGAUGAAAUCAAAGGAGAAGCAUGAAGAACCAGAAGAAUGUAUUGGUUUGGUUGAUAAUGUUCGCCCAAUCAUUGUAAUUCAAGGCAGUAAAGAAUCUGAUUUCAUGCAACAAAACGAUGAAGAGGAUGACCUGGAGCCGGAAAAAAUUGUAUUGGGAGUGGAGGGGAUGACUUGCACGAGUUGUGUCAACAGCAUUGAAGGCAACUUAAAAACACAACCAGGGAUAAUAUCUAUCAAGGUCAGUUUAGAAAAUAAAAACGCAACAGUUGUUUACGACCCUGAGGGAACCAAUCCUGAGCAAAUACGUGAUGCAAUUGAUGACAUGGGGUUUGAAGCAUCCCUUCCAGAAGCACAAAAAACUGUGGUGAUUGGGAUUGAAGGGAUGACCUGUCAGUCUUGCGUGAACAACAUCGAGUCCAACCUAAGCCAAAGAGCUGGAGUCAUCUCGAUCUCCGUAAAUCUAGAGAAGAAGAAUGGGACCAUAGUUUACGAUCCCAGUAUUGUGGGCGUAAACGAGCUAUUAGAAGCUAUUGAAGACUCUGGGUUCGAGGCGUCUCUGCCCAGUGAAGAUAGUCAAUUACAGAGCUGUGUUAUAAAAGUAGAAGAUAUUUUGAUUGAAACCAAAGAUUUAGAGAGUAUCAUGUAUGCAAUAGAAGGAGUUGAAUUUCUUGACAUUAAUUUAAAAGGGAAAGAAUUAGAGGUAAAAUACAAAAGUACAAAGACUGAUCCAAAAUCAAUUGCACAAAAAGUGGAAGAAGCAGGGUUUAAAGCUACAGUUUUUACUGUUAAUGGUCGUCCACCAUCCCCGGGUAAAAAACAGAAAAAUGAUGAGAAAAAAGAUGCCAAAGUUACCAUAUUCAGUGAUGGAGAUUUGAAGAAGUGUUCUCUGCACAUAUCAGGGAUGACUUGUGCAUCCUGUGUGGCAGCCAUUGAGAAACAUUGCUACAAGAAAGUUGCGGGAGUGGAAAGUAUUCUGGUGGCCCUACUGGCAGCCAAAGCAGAUGUGAAGUAUGAUGCCAACUUAGUAAAGCCAGAACAGAUUGCUGCCUCCAUCUCUGAUCUUGGAUUCCCAACGACUGUCCUUGACGAUGAAGGUUUGGGUGUUGGAUCUGCCGAACUUAAGAUUGGAGGGAUGACUUGUGCAUCUUGUGUGAGCAAGAUCGAAACCAACAUAAAGAAAAUCAAAGGAGUGUUAACUGCGGUUGUUUCGCUGACAACACAGAGAGGAAAGUUCACUUACGAUCCAGAGUUAACAGGUCCAAGAGACAUCUGUGAGGGUAUCCAGAAACUAGGCUUCACAGCGGAACUACUUACAAACAGAGAGAGAGAAGCCAGAGGCUAUCUGGACCACAGAGCUGAUAUAAACAAAUGGAGAAACUCAUUCCUCUUCUCCCUAAUGUUUGGGGUGACAAGUAUGAUUACCAUGACGUACUACAUGUACAAGAUGCAUGCUGAACACCUAUCUCACAAGGAUAUGUGUUGUGUUGUCCCUGGCUUGUCUAUGGAAAACCUCAUCCUGUGGAUACUCUCCACUCCAGUCCAGUUCAUCGGUGGUUACCAAUUUCACGUGCAGGCUUAUCGAGCUCUACGCCAUCAUACGACCAACAUGGACGUCCUGAUCUCCAUGGCUACCAAUAUUUCCUAUAUCUACUCAGUAGCUGUCCUUGCCAUUGCGAUGUUUCUAAAACAGUCCACAAGUCCCCAGACGUUCUUUGACACUCCUCCUAUGCUGUUUGUGUUUAUCUCUCUUGGUCGUUGGCUGGAACAUAUAGCUAAGGGGAAGACUUCGGAAGCCCUGUCAAAGCUGUUGUCACUAAAAGCAACUGAUGCAGUCCUUGUUACUGUGGGAGAAGACUUUAACAUUUUAUCAGAGAAGAUUAUUGCUGUUGAAAUGGUUCAGCGAGGAGACAUACUUAAGGUAGUACCAGGUGCAAAAGUUCCUGUUGAUGGUAAAGUUAUCUUCGGAAAUUCAACAUGUGAUGAGUCCCUUAUUACAGGAGAAUCCAUGCCUGUUGUCAAGAAAAGAGGGAGUGCUGUGAUUGGUGGAUCCAUCAACCAGAAUGGCCUACUCCUGAUGAUCACCACUCACACAGGAGAAUCCAUGACUCUUGCACAGAUAGUAAAACUAGUGGAAGAAGCUCAGACAUCCAAAGCUCCUAUACAAAAGAUAGCUGACAAAAUCGCUGGAUAUUUUGUGCCAACUGUCAUUUCCUUAUCAGCUCUAACUGUUAUUGUUUGGGCUAUUAUUGGUCACUAUAGGUUCAAUUGGCUACCCCUUACGCCAAUGGAUACUGAGGGAUUGAACACAGAAGAGAUCAUCUAUCAGUAUGCAUUCCGUUGUGGAAUCAGUGUUCUGGCUAUAGCCUGUCCCUGUGCCCUAGGAUUGGCUACACCCACAGCCAUCAUGGUGGGAACUGGAGUUGGUGCUACCAACGGAAUUCUGAUCAAAGGGGCCGAACCUCUAGAGAACUCUCACAAGGUUAAAAAGAUAUUGCUGGAUAAGACAGGCACUGUGACUUAUGGAACUCCAAUGGUUUCCCGACUCUGUUUGUUUGUUGAUGACACAGUAUUUAACAUCGCGCAACUACUGUGCAUUGUGGGCACUGCAGAAAUCAACAGUGAACACCCAAUUGCAUCAGCAAUUGUGACUUUCAUCAAGGAGACAAUCAAUUCUGAAAUGUCAGGGAGAUGUUCCAACUUCCAGUCAGUACCAGGGUGUGGUCUGAAAUGUUCUGUGUCUCAUAUUGCUUCUAUGCUGCAAGCUGCUACCACCUCUGAAAAAACUGCCAACUUCAGCAACCAAGCCAGAUCUUCCAAGAGUCAAGUGCUAUUGAAUGGAGUGCUAGUUGAUCUACUUCCACUAGUUCCUUCAGCUGCUUCCAAAUCUCUGCAACUAGAACGGCUUCUAAACAUCGGCUCCCCAGAGGAAACAGACCCAAACAAUACAACUUACGAGGUUGUCAUUGGUAAUAGAGAGUGGAUGGUCAGGAAUGGUAUUGAACUGCAUUCUGACUCAGAGAUGAAGAUGGAUGAAGAAGAAGAACUGGGCCAUACAGCUAUUCUGGUUGCUAUUAAUGGUAUCCUGGUGUCUAUGUGGAGUGUAGCCGACAUUGUCAAACCAGAAGCUCAUCUUGCCGUCUAUACUCUCAAAAGUCGGGGGCUUGAGGUGAUUCUACUCACAGGAGACAACCGGAAAACUGCUGUUGCUAUUGCACGACAGGUUGGCAUAAACCGGGUGUUUGCAGAAGUACUGCCUUCUCACAAGGUGGCCAAGAUACAAAGUCUGCAGAAGAAAGGCUUCCGUGUGGCUAUGGUUGGUGAUGGGGUCAACGACUCGCCAGCAUUGGUACAAGCAGAUGUUGGUAUAGCAAUUUCCUCAGGCACCGAUGUUGCGAUGGAAACUGCUGACGUUGUUUUGAUGAGGAAUGACCUAUUAGAUGUGAUCGGAUGCUUCGACCUCUCAAAGAAGACUGUGCAGAGGAUUCGUCUCAACUUCGUAUUUGCUAGCAUGUACAACAUUGUUGGCAUCCCUUUAGCAGCAGGCUGCUUAACCUAUUUCGGCAUCUUCCUUCAGCCGUGGAUGGCAUCAGCAGCCAUGGCUCUCAGCUCAGUUUCUGUGGUUGGAUCUUCACUGAUGUUAAAAAUGUGGCGAAAGCCAACUCGGGAGUCCUUGACGACUUCGGAGUAUCUCGCUGUGUUGGAAGCUCGCAACAAAUGCAGUGCUGGGGAGACCGAUCAGAUAUCCAUUCAUCGCGGAAUCGAUGACAUAGAGCGACCUAAUCUCUCACAUUCCACCAGCAGUACAUUCUCCAGGUUCUUUACUCGAUCAAAGACCAAUAUCGAGGGUAGUCGGUUACUGAAUGAUGAAGAGGAUGUAGAUGAUCUCAAGAGGAUUCAGAUCAUCCCCUCCAACCACAAUACGGCCUCUUGCUAAAACUACCACAACCAAACCUUAAAGUGCCUUAACCGACAACUUAGGUUUAAUAUGAACUGUAUCGGAAAAUAUGUAAUUUUUUUAAACAAUUCCUACUAUGUGAUUUUGCCAGUAGAUAAGUUUUAGGUCUUCCAAGAUUUUAUUUACUCAUGAAUUUAGCAACUGAAGUACUGUAUACUAUGAAUAACGGAUUUAAAAUAUUUUUAUGGUUGUAUUUUUUAUUUACAUAAAAAUAACGUAGAGGUAAAUAUAAUUUUUAUUUUUAUCGAAUUAUAUAGCCAUUUUUUUUUUAGAUUUAUAAUCCAAUGCUUGUUAUAUAUUUUCAUGUAUCAAUUCUUGUCUUCCACAAAAUUUAAAAAUAUUAGGCCUUAGUGUUUAAAAAACGUAGUAAAACCGUACAAGUUUUAUUUUGUUUUCUUAAACUAUAGUGAACAUUUGAAAAGUCCUCCAAUUCUACUGAAAAAAGUCUGGCUUUUUUCUAACUACAAUCCUAACCAUGGUAAAACACAUUGGUAAAAUAAAAACAAGAUUUUAAAACUCAAAACCAAAAAUCAACACAUUAUUUUUUUGGUUCUCACUGUUUCUCCUCUAACCCUUUACUAGUAAAUAAAAAGUAUAAACAAAGCAGAAGUUAAAUGAUAUCUAUUUUUUUAUUUUCUCAUUAGAAUAACGAAUCAUAAACUUAUUAAAUUGUAGCAUAGACUAACCAGCACAAGUACACUUCUCAUCCCAUUGUAAAAGUUGAAGCUCAUUUUUCAUGUCUAAUUCAUGUCCGGUGACACUGAUCGCUGGUGUCAAUGAAAUUUUGUUCCUAUGAAUGAAUGAUUUAUUCCGUUAAAUUAGCUAUAUAAUACAAAUGUUUUCAAUUUUUACAUCACCUAUUAAGUUUUACAAACAUAAAGUUAUUUUAUUAUUUUUCUAUUAUUAAAUUUUUUUAUUUUAGGGUUAAUUCUAUGAUUUGUGCGUUACUGUUUGGUUACAUAACUAUGCGAUAAGUUAUUGUUUAUGAUUAAAUCGUUUUAUUUGGUUAAACGAGGUUUUAAAUUACUGAAAUUACAUGAAACAAAUUGUAAACAAAAUUCGACCUCUACAGUACAUCGGACAGAACAUUGUCUUCAGCUGAUCCAUAAGAAUGAGAAAUCUACUAAGGGAGUAUGUUUUAUCUAUGGUUUUAUGUAGGCCCACAUAUUAAAAUUGUUUGUUCAUCUAUGUUUUGUAAGUGGGGGCUAUUACAGUUAGGGCUAUAGAUUUAAAAAUAUCAUAAAAGUUGUAUUGCGCUUUAAAGUGCUGAAUAUUAGUUUGACAUUAACUAAAUUUGUUAUAAACUUUAAUGAAAUUCUAGACCUUUAUUAAUACAAGGAAAUGUGGACUUCCAAAAUGAUUGAUAAUAAAAUAAUUUUAAGAUACACCUAUCAAUAAUGUUUUUUUGGUUAUAAACUUAUAUCAAGAAGGAACAAAAAUGUGUUUUAUUUUGUUACUACUUUUAAGUAAUCUAUGUACUUUAUUUGCUUAUAUCCUAUUAUAAUAUUGGCCCAAAUAAGUAGAUUUUGAGCCUUGUUGUUUUUAUUUGUUCAUUACAGCAGACACUACAAACAAAUUGUCGGUCAAAGUACUUUAUUUUAAAUGGAAUUAAAACUUUGGUUAUGUGUGAAUAUUUAUUUAUAGAUGUAUUAUGCUCAAUAUUGUUAUUUACUGUACAGCUGUAAAGCUAUGAAACUGUUAUAAACCAAUGUUUUGUUUUAUUUUUUAGAUGUUUAUAUCUUGUUUUGUAUUUCCAAAAUACAUUGUAAUUUAUUCAAAUAUCCAGAAAAGAGUACAAUCUUGAUUGUUGAUCUUUCAACUUAACCAUAAGAUGGUUACAUGUGAAGAAAUAUGUAAACAUUAUAGUCCUCGCCACCCUAAGUUACGCCGUGCGUUCUUGGGCUGCCUCAACUUAGGGUGGCGAGGACUAUAGAAUUCUAGAGCCGCAUUAUGUAUAUUUAACCUAUUGAAGUCAGGUAUUAUUACAUAUAUGAAUUAACAAUGAAAAUAUACUUGUGUGUCAACUUCUCAGUCCUAAUGAUUAAUCAAUCAGUUUUGUAAAUAGAUAGAUAUGUUUAUAUUCCUAUUACCGUGCAGUUGUAUAAAUCAUAGUAUUAUAAAAAUAUGAAUAUAUGUAAAAAAUUAGCUUAUAAAUAAUUUUAUGAAGUUAUAAAAUGAUGUACUGAUAAAAACUACUUGAUAGUUAAUUAUACCAUAACUGCUUGUACAAAUAAAAAAUAAAGUUACUUUUCUCAAUUUUACAAAACAUUUUUUACUUAAAUAUUAUUUGAAAAUACACAUUUUGUUUGAUUUCAUGGUUGGUGUGGUAGAAUCUGGAUCACUAAAUUUAAGCUAAAUGGUUCAUGUUACCUUGCUUCGUCAAGUGAUCCUGUAUUAAUAAGUACACUACGGUUUACAAACUAUAUAUCAAAAUAAACUUUAGAAUCUCCUGUGUAAAAUUAUAUAAAGCAAUAUCUAAUACAGCGAUGUUUUCUGUUGAAACUUAGCAGUUGAAGAAAUUGAUGCUCAAACGACUAGUGACUAGUCAUUUUCCAGUGGAGGAACUAGUUUUAGCGACUAGUCAAUAGUCGUUUGCCAGAUGCAGGGUUAGUGCUUUUUUUUACACUAUUACUGCUUUGCAUUUAGUAUAAAAUUCAAUUAUAUUACCAUCAAAGCUUUUGGUUGUUUGUUCUAAUACAUAAUCAAUUUUGCAUCUGCAGAGAAGUUUCUGUGUCAAAUUUCAAUUCAUUAAACCACUCUAAAUUAAUUUGCUAAAACCUCACGAUUUUAACCCACUAGCAUCCCUUAUGAGCUCAGGCUUUGCCAACUAACACAAAUACAAUUUAUUAUUUCUAAAAUAAUUGAAUUUUUCACCCUCUUAAUGUGUUAAAAAUGUUUUCAGUCAGCUCUAUUUGAUGAGAAAAUAUAAUUUUGAACACCUACAUUGUACAGAGAUAAACUCUAUUUUAUACUUGCAGGAAAUAAACAAAAAUAAAAUAAAUAAACAUGAUAUAAAAAUAAAACUUUAAUUUUCAAUAUAGUGAAUGUUAAAACAUGUGUCAUAUAAAUUCAACAUAUCACAUUUUGAUACCAGGCAUUUUAGUAGCACAAAUAAAUCUUGAUG